AUCGGCAGUCUUCACUCUACAGUCUGCAGUCUACAAUCUCUGGUCUUCAGUCGACUGUGGCCUUCCUUACCCAACGGUUGUGUUGCUGCGUACCGCUCCGCCUGCUUUUACCGCCCGUACCGCCACCCCGCUGGUACCGCUCUUACCCAGCUGCUGGUGUGUUUGGCCGAGCUUAACGACCGACUGCAAAUUGGGAAUCCAGACACACAACCAGAUAUCGCGAUGUCUUGGCUGGUGGUUUUGCUGAUCCUGUACGUGAUCUGGGAUGUCAACUACUUCAUCCGAUGCGUGUUCACGGUGUUCGCCGGACGGCUGUUCCAGCGGAAGCGCAAGGUCACGGACACCACGACGAUCUACGGUCUGUGCACCUCGCAGGACGUGGACAUCUUCAUCCGGCACAUGAACAACGCCCGCUAUUUGCGCGAACUGGACUUUGCCCGCUUCCACUUCUACGCCCUCACCGGACUCUACGAGCGCAUCCGGAACCGACGCGGCGGUGCCGUCCAGGGAGCCAGCAGUGUCCGCUACCGCCGCACCAUACCCAUCUUCCAUCCGUACAAGAUCCAGACCAAGCUGAUCUGGUGGGACGACAAGGCCAUCUACCUGGAGCAGCAGUUCAUUACCCUUUCGGACGGAUUCGUGCGCGCGGUGGCCAUGUCCAAGCAGAACAUCACCAACUGCAAUGUGCUGGAGGUGCUGAAGACCUAUCCGGAAACUGCCCAGCGACCGGAGAAACCGGAGGAGCUCAAGCUCUGGCUGGACGCCAUCGAGCUGUCCAGCCAGAAGCUGCGAAAGGACAAGUGAAUCGAUUGAUUGAUUCCAUCUUCCGCAGCACAGCUCAUUUAUGCUUGCCUCAAUUGUUUAGUUUCGUAGUCAUCUUCAAUUUUUUUUUUUGAGUGCACAGUGAAGAAAUUCUACACUGAUGGGUUUUUCACGCAAAAAAGAGCGUAACAAAAUGUAUACAAGCGCACAAGUCAUGAUUCUUGACAAUGGUCCAUAGCAACUUCAAGACUUUAUUUGCUAUUAUUUUUUCACAGUGCCUUAGUUAUAAGAAUAUUGCAUUAAUGGAAUGGCUGAAGAUUUUAAAUAUAAUUUUUUACAAAACAAAAAUA